AUGGACCCCCUAGCAGAUGCUUCGGGAAGCCACUCCGAGGAGGAGGAUUCCCCCCAUUCAUCUCCUGCCUCGCACAGCGAGACUCAGUCGGGCGCCUCCCCUAUCAAGAAUAGCGCAUGUUUGUCGUCUGUGAUGGCGCCAGUGCGUCUCACAGCAGAGACGCUAGUCUCGGGCUCAAAUCUGCUGGGAACUCCAGGCCGGAAGCAAGGCGGCGGGUCUUCAAUUGCAGGAGCCGGGGCUGAUGCGAGCAUGUGCGCGACGGACGGGGGGGAUUGUGAAAUUGAAAGCAGUGUCGGUGGCCCCUGUUGCUCAACGCAUGGACUGGGAGAACACAGAGGGAACCGUCUCGGCGUAGACGAAUCCGACACACUACGUGGUGUAUCGGAAGGGGAAAUCUUUGAGGAAGCGGAUGCUUCUGGAAAGGGGGAAGGAGAGCCGGCCGCAGACGAUGUUGCUGAGGCUGGCAUGCGUGGCAAGGCGCAGUGGUCGCUCGAAGGGGAAUCAGAGUGGGCUGGGAAGAAGAAGAGAGACGACAGGGAAGAAGGGAAACUUGCUGCACGCGUUCGCUCCCUCGAGGGCUGCAAGCCUAUACUUGUAAGUAUUUCCGCUGCAGAUCGCGACCGCCUGCUUCUUGAUACUGGAGUGAGCUUGGAGGAAGCAGAGGAACGCUGGUGGAAAGGCUUUUUCCAGGAUCACGAAGCUGUUACACAGCUUGCAAAAAUUGGUGUAUGCUCUCUUGCCGACUGGGUUCAACAUGCUGCAGUGGAUGGGGGGGAGCACCCGUUCCUCAUCUGCCCCGAGACGAAAGCUUCUCUCUCGUACCGCAGUGUGAACGAGCGCAGCAACGCCGUCGCCGUAUGGGCACACAAAGAUCGCCGAGGCAUUGGGACGUUAGAGGCUUCCCUUCGAGAGGGCGUGAAGAAACUCGAUGUCAACCCUGCAGCAACGGAAACGGCGAGCCCCAGAGCUCGCGCAGAACAUGCGAACGAACGGGACAAGGGGGUUAAAACCGCACGCGAAAGCAGACCCCAGCGUGACGCAGAACACGUGGCAUUGGAGCGACUAGAGGGCCAGCGGCGAAAGGACAGUUGGGAAAUGGUCCCGAGCCCUGCAGAGUCGAGAAGUGCCGGAAGUGCUAAGGACUGCUCAGACGACGGAGGCAUGGUGAACAGGAGUGUGACGGGUGAUAUUUCCCCUGAAAGAGCCCCAUUGCAAGAAGGCAGCGUCGUCGCCCUGUUCAUGUCUACAAAAAUUGAGUCCAUUAUCGUGCUUCUUGGAUUGCUCAAGGCCUCUCUCGUUGUCGCGCUGAUUCCCUCACACCUCAGAGGCCACAAACUCUUUCAGGCCCUCGCGGCCGCGAAGCCCACUAGCGUAUUUGUUGAUGGUGAGACGCUGCUUGCGCUGCGAGAGCUGUACGACAUGCCAGAGCAAGACGAAGGGCAUGCUGCGCGUGCAGCUGCGUUUGCAGAAACGGUGGAGGGUGAGAAAGAGAGAGAGCCAGGUCAAUCGACAGGCGGCAAAACGACUAGAUCGCUAUGGGAGAAAACGUUUGUGCCCGUAUGGUGCGGCGGGGAAGGAAACGGGAAGGCAGAGAAGCAAGCUCGAAGAGCGGGGGUUGACAGUGACGCCUUUCCGGUCUUUGUGUAUGGCGAGGCCCCCCUGACAGAGCGCUGUCCCGCGAACACGCGGGAGCGGAAUCUUAUCGCAGAGAUUCGGAAAGCCAUUUGCGCCUGCGUCGCCUGUGUCGGGUCUCCACUUGAGUUGGGGUGUUCUGACGUGCCUGUUUCACCGGUUGAAGACACGCUUCGCUGCGAUGCAUCGGGUUUCCAGCUUUCUUCCCCUGGAGCCGCGGGAAGAAGGCGGCACAGCAGCCUGAAUGGCCUUCUGCUCCCUCCGUGUUCUCCAUCUCUGGGCGUGGUCUUCAAUCUCCCGUCUAGAACGAGCGUGUCCGCCCCCCUCUGCUGGGCGUGUCUCGAGCCAGGAGACGCGGAGGUGUCACGAAUAGCAGAUACGAACGACGCAUUAGUCGCUUCUGAGCGGGCGCGGGCUCGCCAAGCACCACCGGCAGCCAUCUGGGGCGGUGGAAACAGCCGUGCGCCUUACUCCUGUGCAGUUUGCGGCCAAGUGGGGGAGGGCGAGAAAUGCAUCAUCCGGCCUGCACUGUACGCCUACGUCUCGGUUCCGUCUCCAUCCACUGUAGGCGUGGAGGAAUGCAGAGGAGGGUACGACAGCGAGGGAACUCACAGCGGCUCUGUGAGGAAGGUUAACCAGCGGCUGGAACCAGUCAAACUCAGUGAUAAAACCGUUAUGAGGUUUGGCAUCACCUGGGCGCGGCACAUGGACUUAGCGGCGAAAGAUGUGGUGUACUGUCCGCUCGAUAUUCAAGAAGAAAGUGGAGGUCUAGCCAUUUUUGCGGCCGUAGUUCAGGCCCGCGCCAGCCUUGUGCUUCCUCGUCGCGUGCCGCCUUCGGCCACCGCUUUUUGGACAGACAUCGAUCAGUUCAAGUGUACGUACACCGCGUAUUGCCCGGCAAUGCUGAAAACCCUGUUUUCUGAGCCACGUCCACAGCAAGGGAGCGACCAAGACGAUCGUUCGACGGUGGCCGCGCGAUCGUCUGGAGCUGCUGGGACCGCUUCCCCUUCUCCGUCACGCCAUCUACGAGGUUGUGUGGGGCAUGGAAUGACUUGCUUUUUCUGGUCUCGAUUGAAACAGAAGGCAGGCGAAAAUCUCAAGGUGUGCGUGGAGCAUUACUACCGACCUCACUGGCCGAUUUCUUCUCCUCUUAUCAACUCUCUUGGCAAAAUGGGCCCGUGUGGGUUCAUCCCAAAUACGGUUCAAGGAGAACGUGGGACAGCCCGACUUGCGCGGUUCGACGAACCGAAGCAAGAAAUCGUCCGAGGCCCGCACACAGGCUUGUGCCUUGACGCCGAGUUGCGAAGCACUGAUGAUCAGCGGCGUGGCGAAGCGAUUGUGAGCCUCGCAGGCCGCGAAGAGUGGCUGGGUUUUGUGAACGACGACGUUACGCGGGCUAUGGUGUACCGCAAUGCGUUCCGCCAAGGAGACGCUUGGUGCCGGUCUGGAGACUUGAUGAGCGUCGAUCGCCUGGGAUUCUUCUACUUCCUCAGCCGCAUCGGUCGUUGGAAAAGCCAACAAAAUGACGCGGGUGCUGAAUAG